UAAUCUACCACAAGAACACCGCGUGAUUGUAUUUUCUGAAAAUUGAAGUAUGGAUUGCAAUGAAGAACUUUAUAAACGAAUUGUGAAGGACACGAAACAGUAUUCAUAAAUUCAAGGAGAAAAGGAAUAAGCCAUGCCCUGUUCAAACUGUCGUGGUGAAUUGAGCCCUGGUGCAAACUUUUGCUCUAAUUGUGGAACGAAGGUUGAACCAAAUGUUUCAGUUAUAAAGCCUACGGAACCGUCCUUUAACACGUAUGGGGAGGAAAAAACAUCUGAUACACAGUUAUGUGUUGUAUAUGGAACGGACGUAUCAGAGGUUAGGAUACUUCUGGUCGGACACACUGGGCAUGGAAAAAGCGAAACUGGAAACAGCUUGCUAGGAAGAAAGGGGUUCGAAGCUCAAAGAGCAUUUCACUCCGUGACAAAAACAUGUCAUCGUGAAGUGGCGAACAGAUUUGGACGGCGCCUAGAGAUUAUUGACACACCUGGAUUUUACGAUACCAGUAGAGAUGAGAGGUUUAUUUACAGGGAACUUGCGAAAACAGUCGCGCUGACAAUACCCGGCUUCAAUGCUAUCCUUUUCGUUUUGGAACCAACAAGAUUUUCAGAGGAGAUUGUAAAAACAGUUGAUCUAUUUUUCGACUUUUUCGGCGGAAAUAUUGAAGAUUUUGGCUAUGUUGUCCUUUCAUACACAAAAAACAGAGAACAAAGGGAUACAUUUCUGAAAGGAUACGGACGAAGUAAUCAUGAACAGAUUCCGAAGUUGAAUGAGUUAAUACAGAGAUGCAAGCAAAAGGUCUUGAUAAUAGAUAACAAGGACGGAGAGCCAAGCGUCGAAGAUCAAGCAAAGGUUAUUAUUGAAGAAAUUAUUGAAGAAAACCGAAAGCAAAAACAACCAUACUUUUCGAAUGAAUGCACGCAAAAUGUUACAAAUUUUGCUAAUGCAUACAAGUAUACCAAACUGCCAAAAAGGACGUCCUGGAUGCCGAAGUGGAGGGAGGGAAGAGAAAUUGGAGACGAAGAUGAAGAGAUAGAUUUCACAUCACCGCCUUCCUCCGAUGAAGGUAUUGGCGAAAGCAACAAGACGCCUAAAGAUAAAGACAACACCAGAUCAAUCAACUACAAUGAUUUCAAAACCAAUGUUGAAAAAGAUAGCGCGCUGACUGAUCUCAUAAUUGCGUUUGUUCUCGCUGGAGUAGGAACUGUUUUGAAGGCUAUAGCUGGCAAGGUUGCUGGUUAUAUCGGAUCGAAUUGUGGACGAAAUUGAUGAAGCAAGUACACAUUCUGUAAAUCGAAAUUGUAAAAUUUGCCACCCUCAGCAUUUUAUUCAAUCUCAGAAUGGAUCACCAUAUAAGAGCUGUGCAUCUUGUAUCCGAACAUAAAGUAUAUCAAAGUUGAUUUAUGAUUGUUUAUGUUGUUAAGUAUGAAAAUGAACAAACUAUUAUACAAAAACAACUAUGAAAGGAAAAGGAUGUUGUAAUUUCUCUUUCAAUCUUGUCAUAAUAAAGCCUUGUUUCUUCUUGACUUGAACAACCUUAACGUUUUAAAUAAUGUUUGUCUGCGAUUCAACAUUUGUAUCAUCGUGUUUGGUGUAUUUACAAUUAAAUUUUAGAGACGAGCUGCUUAGGAUAACAAUACACUUGUAAAGUUCUUUAAGUUGAGAAUGUAUCGCUCUUUUAUUUUAAUGGUUAAAAUGGCAUUUGUUAGGUACCAUGAUAAUGAAAUGUUUUAGAAAAUAUGUGUACAUGUGAUCGUUGUUGUCUUAUUUGAUUGAUGAAAAGCUAAUUGUAUGUCUCUUAUACAGUUUUUCAGUAUUAAUUGUGUUUUAAAACAACACGGAUGUUGCUGCAAAUAGUUUCUGUAGAAGUUACAUGUAGUAUACAAUUAGUAUGAAGUGAAUGUAUUUUAAUCGAGGAUAAAUAAGUUCUGUUUGCAACUCACUCAUUUUAAACGAAUUAGAAUAUCCUUAAAACGAAUUAGAAUAUCUUUUAUUUUAGCCUUUUGUGUGAGUGAUUGUUCUUCCAUUACCAAUUACAAUCCUAAUACAUUUUAAUACAUAAUAUGGAAAAUAUCGACUUUCACAACUAAUUUUACCUUAAUUUUGUUUAUUUGUACUGUUUAAUCUGUUUAAUGUUCGUACAUGAUGGUUAUUGUGUCUUUGGUGUUGACGGAGGUUGAUGUGAUUUUAACCCUUUAGUUUUCGUUUUUAUUAAACAUUAUUUAUAUGUAAAAAUAUUUUCCAAGAAAAGCACAGUUUGAUUUGGAGUUCUUUUGCAUAAACUGAAGUUUUUAAAGCUCUUUGAAAAAUAGAAAUAUCUUUUUAUGUGUUCGUCUUCACAGUAUGAAUGGACUUGAAGAAAUAUCAUCAAAACACACUUUGUUACAUUUGAUCAUGCAGAAAGUGUUUAUUCCACAUUAGCCCCAAUGCCUGUCCAUAAUUUUUAUUUAAAAAUCAACAUUGUUUCCAUAUCUAAACGCUGGAAACGGUUUUAAAUGUAAUCAGUCUACUAUAGGGAGGCGAAUAUGGUAAAACAACAUAUGAUUUAUUUUUUGUUUUGUUUUUAUUUUGGUAAUCCGAGGUUAACCCUUAAAUUAAGGUCAGACACCACGUAAUAAAUGUCCUUAAUAUUCUACAGUGAACUAUAAUCACUUAUAUGUGCAACUAGCCUAAUGAUAACCUGUGAACAACUUAUGUAUGUAUACAAUUGCCUAUUGAAUGAGAAUAUUGAAUUGAAAAGAAGCAAACGCUGCAUGUAACACAACUUGGUGUAUGAGUUUACGUGUACUAGUGUUACACUUUCUUCUGAAUGUUCAAAAUGUGUUGAUAUUCUAAACUGUAUGUGUUGAUUUAUACGCUGUACAUGAUUGUUGUGUAUUUAAUAUAUAAAACAGUGUGCUUUGUGA